GAUUUUGCCAGUGAGGCGACUGACUCUGCCAUAGAUGGUCUUGAAUGGGAGAAGAAAGUUACAUGUUAGAAACAUAUGGUACUAAACUUAAUCCAGAAUGAAUGGAACAGCUUUCUCAAACUUUGACAAUCAAGAGCACACCCUUAAACUGGGAGAAACGUUUGAGAAACAACCAAAAAGCGCAUUCCACACGGUUCGAUAUGACUUCAAGCCAGCAUCUAUUGACACAACAUGUGAGGGAGAGUUGGAGGUUGGUAAAGGGGAGCAGGUUACUAUAACACUACCAAACCUUGAGGGCUCCACAGCUCCGGUGACGGUGUUCAAGGGCUCCAAGAGGCCCUACAUGAAGGAAUGCAUCCUCAUCGUCAACCACGACACGGGAGAGUACCGCCUGGAGAAACUCAACAGCAACAUCGCCGUCAAGAAGACCAGAGCGGAGGGCAGCAGUAAGAUCCAGUCCAUGCUGGACCAGCAGACGACUCGUCUGAGCCAGCAGCUGAAGACGACGGGGGGCAGCGGCAGUGGGAGUGGCAGUGGGGGGGGCAACAAAGCCCCCUCCAGCUCCAAGAGCUCAUCACCCCCCAAGGAGAAGCUGUCGCCCGCCUCACCACCCAUGGACGACAUCGAGAGAGAGUUGAUGGCGGAGGCGCGCGUGAUGGACCAGAUGUCCAGUGGAGACAGCUCCUCGGACUCCCAGAGCUCCUCCUCCAGCGACAGCUCUAGCUCCAGCGACAGCGAAUCGGACGACGAGAGCCGCAGCAGAGCCCCGCCCCCGGCUCCAGCCCCGAUGCAGCAGCACCACAGCAUGAGCAUGCCCACCCUCACCACCACCACCACCUCCAUCUCCUCCAUGCCCGUCUCCCGACUGCCCGAGGAGCACAGCGGAGGAGGAGGAGGAGGAGGUGGAGGAGGAGGAGGAGGAGGGCACCUGAUGAGCACGCUCAAGAAUGACCUGCAGUUGAGUGAAUCUGGUAGUGAAAGCGAUGACGACUAAUUGCAUCUCACCUGAGGUCUGCGUCCCGGAAUGAUGAUGUCAUCCCAUUCUAGAACCAUCAGGAAUGGCUCUGGACCCAGACUCAGGACUGCAAGUCUGCAUUCCAACUAUGUUGGCAUGGUGACAAACAAGGGUACUGCCAUCUCAAAGCAAGCCGUGAAUAACCUGGUAGAAAAAAAUAUUCUUUUUCUUUUUAUUGGUGGACAAAUAAAUGCAAGUGAACAGGUGGAUUGCACUCAGGUUCUUCUUUUCUUCUUCUUUUUUUUUUUUGCAGCAGAAAAGCAGACGGAGGCAACAGCCGAAACGUUUGUCUGUUUUUCUGCAGCAAUGUAGGAAUAUAACAAAAAAGAAAAGAAGAACCUGAGUGCAAUCUUCCUCUUCACUUGCUGAGUUUAUUUAACUGGAGACACACCACACGGAAGAGCGCGGUGUAUUAACUAGCCUACUACUGCUGGACAAAUGAAUGCACACAGCUCUUCUGUCAGUUAGUUCUCCGCUUGCUCUGAGGUGACAUCGCAGGGGAACAUGACCCAGAACAUGGCGCAUUGACUAACUCAGGUCAGCUGUGUUUGGUUAACCCAAAUGUAGUCGUAAAUGGUUUAGUGGAGCAGCCCAAGGCGUUUCAUGUCUUAAAUUUAAAAAAAAAAUGAAAUGCCUGCAGGGUCCUCGCUUAUCAGAUUUACGACUAUGUCUAGGUUGAAUGACAUCGCUGCAUUUACAUCACAACUCUUUUAGAGUGAAGAGUAAACCUCGUAAUAGAAGGAUCCCUUCAUCAACACCGUACACUUUCACUAGGUGUGCUCAACACCACUACUAAGUCUGUUAGCUUACCCGGAUUUGUCACUAAACCAUGUAGUACUUAAAACUAAUUAGUAUGUCACAACAUGUUGCCCUCAUAGUUGGAAUACAGCUCCACUCGUUUCCUCCCAAUGCCCCCAUUUCUCCCUCCCUCCCUCUGGACUUUGUGUGUGCCAAAUCCCCAUGGAGUCCGUCGCAUCAGGACUGGGCUUGUUUCCGAGCUUUCAUCUCAUCUCAUCACACGCUGGAGGGGAACCCUGUCACUCACUAUGUCAAGCUCGGCUGGAAACUCUUCUCUCAAGCGGCGUGAGGCUUGUAAAAUCCUCUUGUGGCUUUGUCAAAGCAUCAAUAUUUAUUUUAUGAUCCGUAUGUCCUUGGAUUACACUGUGAGGGAGGAUGUGUCGUUGAUUAAUUGAUAUUAGAGAAUUGCUAAGUUUAUUUUUGUUCAAGAGCUUAAAUGUCUACAUUGGAUGCUUUGACAUUUUAAUUUAGCUAAACAAAUUGGUGUUUUUGACACAAUCAAUCUAGUCAUUAAUCUGAUUUUGUAUAGCAGUAUUCUCUAGGUGGUAAUAUAUACACUGGGUGCAUUUCAAUAUGCAGACUUCCGUCCUCCCUUGCUCACUUCAUAAUGAUGUCACUGACGACAGAAAAUUAAUUCAACAUCUUGCAAAAUCAGAAUUCUAAUGUCAUUUUCUCAUUUGCAAUUGGGAUGAUGAAUGAAAAACAGUCUCCCAAAAGUUGUUGUGGCUAGGCUGACAGCUGGGAAACUUUAUUGUUUUCUCCACGGAGGAGGGGCCAGGAGGCGGGGCGAGGCCACAAGCACAAGUGGAGGACGGGAGUGUGCAUAUUGGAAUACACACAUUGGCUCUAUUGUGCUAUAGUUUUUGUCAUUUCACGGCAGUCUUAGGCUGCUCAGUCAGCUUUAAAAAAUGAUUUAUCGGUAGACUUCAGAGAAGCCAAGUUUAACGUAGCGCCUGAACUAUCUUUUUUUUCAUUGAGGAAACAUAUCAAGGCUUGCCUUCUGACAAAGCCACUGCAUUUACUUGAAAUAGAUUUAUUUAUGAUUAAAAUAAAAUAAAAAGAUAAUUUCUCUUACUAAAUGGUAAUAUCAUAUUCUCAGUUUCACAGCUGCUUAGCUGGCUUAGCUGCUCGGCUGGUCUUCAUAACCACAUUUAUUGUUGCUCUGUGUUGCCUUAAAUUAAACCUGCAAUACUUGAA